AAACUACAACUCCCAGGGAUGCCCAGCGGCAGCAGGUGGGAGCGGGGCUGUUGCUAUCAAUAUGGCGGUUGUCAGCCAGACAAAGACAGUCAGUCUGAUGUGAUUGAGACAAGGGAGGUUUUCAGGGGGAGACUGGGAGAUAGGGGCCUCCCCUCCCCCCUAGGCUCUUCCUGCGCGGGCCUGGAGCCCUCCUCAGCCCCUCCCGCAGGGCGCCCCGCGGUGAAGAUCCCCUCCCCCUCCCGCCUUCCUCCUCCCUCCCUCAGCCUUGCACUGGGACGCUGGGGAGGGGGCUGAGCAGGGUGCAGAGAACUCUCAGCUGGAUUUCCAAGAAUGGUAAAUAAGGCUGGCCAUCUUUGGAAAGGCCAUUGAUCUGCCUCAUGUAAAGUAUGCUCAGCUCCUUUCCAGUGGUUUUGCUGGAAACCAUGUCUCACUACACAGAUGAACCCAGAUUUACCAUAGAACAGAUAGACCUGCUCCAGCGUCUUCGGCGUACCGGGAUGACCAAACAUGAAAUCCUUCAUGCAUUAGAAACUUUGGACCGUCUUGAUCAAGAGCAUAGUGAUAAAUUUGGAAGGAGGUCCAGCUACGGGGGAAGCUCAUAUGGGAACAGUACCAACAACGUUCCAGCAUCUUCCUCUACAGCCACAGCUUCCACGCAGACCCAGCACUCGGGAAUGUCCCCAUCACCCAGCAACAGUUACGAUACCUCCCCACUGCCUUGCACUACCAAUCAAAAUGGGAGGGAGAACAAUGAUCGAUUGUCCACAUCCAAUGGGAAGAUGUCACCAUCUCGCUACCAUGCAAACAGCAUGGGUCAGAGGUCAUAUAGCUUUGAGGCCUCAGAAGAGGACCUAGAUGUAGAUGAUAAAGUGGAGGAAUUAAUGAGGAGGGACAGCAGUGUGAUAAAAGAGGAAAUCAAAGCCUUUCUUGCCAAUCGGAGGAUUUCCCAAGCAGUUGUUGCACAGGUAACAGGAAUCAGUCAGAGUCGAAUCUCUCACUGGCUGCUGCAGCAGGGAUCAGAUCUGAGUGAGCAGAAGAAAAGGGCGUUCUACCGAUGGUAUCAACUUGAGAAGACAAACCCUGGGGCUACGCUAAGUAUGAGACCUGCCCCCAUUCCAAUAGAGGACCCUGAAUGGAGACAAACACCUCCCCCAGUCUCCGCCACACCUGGAACCUUCCGGCUUCGACGAGGGAGUAGAUUUACCUGGAGAAAGGAGUGCCUAGCUGUCAUGGAAAGUUACUUCAAUGAGAACCAGUACCCAGAUGAAGCAAAGAGAGAAGAAAUUGCCAAUGCUUGCAAUGCAGUCAUACAGAAGCCAGGCAAAAAGCUGUCUGACCUGGAACGAGUUACCUCUCUGAAAGUAUAUAAUUGGUUUGCUAAUCGACGGAAGGAGAUCAAGAGAAGAGCCAAUAUCGAAGCAGCAAUCCUGGAGAGUCAUGGGAUAGAUGUACAGAGUCCAGGAGGCCAUUCCAACAGUGACGAUGUGGACGGGAACGACUACUCCGAGCAGGACACUUGGCAAGCACGCAAUGGGGAGGAGGAGGAGGGAAGAAGUUCAGAGGGAGGCAGAGAAGCAGAGAAGGUAGAAGAAGAGAGGAGGAUCUGACCCAAACAAGAUGACAGCACCAGCCAUAGUGACCACCAAGAUCCCAUCUCGCUAGCUGUGGAGAUGGCGGCCGUCAACCACACUAUCUUGGCAUUGGCCCGGCAGGGAGCCAAUGAAAUCAAGACAGAGGCCCUGGAUGAUGACUGAUCAGGGAGUUAAACAGUUAACUUAGUUUAGACGUAGCACCUUAGCAGACUUUCCUCGGUCCUUAACAUGUGUUCUUACAGUAUAACUUACAGUUUCUUGUAUGUCAGGUAGCCAUUAGGGUCUUGUUCUGUGAAGAUGGCAUGGUGCCCUCAGCCUUUGCAUAUACUCUCUCAGUAUUAAAAUUCCAGUAAGUAAGAAGCAAACAAACACACUUCCCUCUCCCAGCCCCUGAGGCUAAAAAAGAAAAAUCUCGCUGCUCCGUUUUAGCAUUCCAAGAAAGUGCUUCCAGGUAUUUAGAUAACCCUCAGUUCUCAAAUAUUAGGCUCUGUGUAAAAUCUUGGGUACCUUUAGAUUCAUGUAACACUAGGCUGUACCCCCAUCUGUCCCUGCCCUAAGACUGAUAGGAUGCAAGCUGAGGUAGUGGCACAGGGCCGACAGACACCAUCUGGGAAGUGUCCAUGGAGCGGAGCACAAGGAACACUAGCGCCCGCCUCGGCGUGAGACUCACUGAUUCAGCUGCAAUAAGCCGUGCCUCCUAGUCACAGUGGCCAGGCUCUACUUCUUUGGGUGCUGUGUUAAGAAUGUCAUUGGAAUCCCAAGCUCAGAUCUUGGUUAAUGCUAACAUGCCCAACACAGACAUCCUUCUCUCUUACGAGCUGUGUGACCUAGUAGAUAAUAUACUGCCUUCUGCCUUUGGGACCACGAUUCUAAAACAAAAAGGACAAAAACCAAGUUCUGAAAAGCAAAGCCCAGCUUGAGAGCGAGAGCAGUAGGGAAAAGCGAGAGCUGAAUGUCGGAUGGAUGCUGAGCCCAGUUCUCAGAGCCGCUAUACAUUCCACAGCGCGAUGCCAGCGCCUGCCCGGGAAAGUGUUGGAAUUACCUUGGAAGUUGCUUGGCCUUCUGUCGGUGCCCCCUCCCUGCUACCAAAAAGGAUAGAGCUGAGGUCCUGAGUGAGUGAAAGAGCAGGCUUGGUGCCCGUCACCUGAAGCCCACCCAGAGUCAUUAGGACUCUUGCUGGGGACUGUGGCAACUUGACUGUCACACAUGGAGGUCCUUGCCUAGCUAGGGGCAGAAAAAGCAGGGGACAUUUACCACCUACAGCAGGAUGUCUUUGCUGUCUUCUCUUUAUCUGUCCUUGUGGAGGUGUGAAAGCUAUAUUGCUACAGGCAAUUUAUUUAAUAAUUGGAAGCCAUAUUGAUAAUGGAUGUGGUGAUAUUUGUAGUUUAAUCUACUUUAAGUGGCAGUAACUAAUGGAAUUUUUUUCCUUGAUCAUAUAUGUAGCACUUUUGUUACUUUUUAAAGAUAUUUAUAUUUGAUAAAUCUUUUUUUCAUUUUGAGAACUCAAAAUACCAAACAGUGAACUUGCGUUAUAGAGUCACCCUGUGGUCACCUUGUCAUCUAGUAGCAAAAUGAUGAACUAUUCAUGCAUCAAAGAAAAUUACAUCUGCUGGCCUUGUGUGAAAAUGAUCUCCUGGAGCCCUGAUUAAAUAGCACACUGUCACUGUGGGUAAGAAGAACCAGCCUUCAGUGAAUUGGUGCAGUGUGUGCUGAGAGGCUGAGCGUUCCCUGCCUCCUCCCAUUUUCCCUCUGUUGCGUCUGAAGAAGCCUUGCGUAGAGGGCGGUGUGGGGUGAGCCUGCGAGCGGGCUUCCAUCUUUUUGUCCAUGCCUGACCCAAUCUCUAAGAUAGAAAGUAGAUGCCAUCUCCUCACCCCUGCUUCCUCACCAAGUGUGUCCGACCCUCCUCGCUUCCCCUGUGCGCUGACCAGAUACUCGAUAUCCGCAGGGCUUAGCUGGUCUUGCUGAGGCACUGACCAGAUACUCGAUAUCCGCAGGGCUUAGCUGGUCUUGCUGAGGCACACGCUGUCUGGACUACCCCUUAGGUAUAAGUCUUGGUUACAGGGGUGUGAGGAAUCACCUCAUCUUUGAGGAGCUGAGGAUGCUACCCCACCUUCGUCUGUGACCUUGAAGGACACUAGGUAGGGCUUGGCCCUGUUCCUAUCAGUAGAUUUCAGGGGGAAAUGUAUGCAUUUUUUCCCAGCUCUGAGACGUGAAGUAAAAUGGAGCCAUCUUCUCUUACUGUAUUACUUGAACCACAAAUUUAAGAGUAGCAUUUCUUAUUCUCAGGAACGAGUCCCCCGCACCUACUUAGAAUCUCGCAUGGUUUCUUUGAUUCGUUUGUCUGUCUGUUUCACUUAAGAGAUUGCAUUACCUUUCUUUCUCUCCUUCCUUUUGUUUACUUAGAAGGAAUAUUCCUAUUAUGUCUAUCCAUUUUGGUUGAGUUUUGUCUGCUUAUUCUCAGUUGAAUCAGAAAGAACAGGAGGGGGGGGGGAACGUAUUUUUCUGACAAGCCACAUCCAUGAUUUAUCAUGAGAUUAUGAUGAUUGACAGCUUCUUUAGGGUGCGGCUGCUCCUGUCUCUCUUGUUCUCUCUUGCCGUCUUAAAGGAACAGGCUCCAGCUGUUAAGACAGCUCCAGUCUCUAAGGGAACUCUGACUACAGCCGAAGAGCAGAGUGUUCUGUCAUCCUAGGGCCUUUUAGAGAAAGCAGUGCAACAGGAUACCAAGCCCUGGCUGGUACAGGCAGUGCCAGCCCUGUGUGGCAGUGUGGUGGUACUGGAAAAGUACAGGUACCAUGGAGGCUGGCUCUGUGCUGAGCUAGCUAGAAAGUCUGUCACAUGCCCACAGACUCACAGCCUUACAGGGAACCUGCGCUGUCUCACCUACAGCAGGAGUUUGCUUCUUUGGGAUCAAGGUUCAAAAACUACCAUCAGUCGGUUUUCCCUGGGGUCACCAGGUUUGAUUCUACUUUUGAGUCCUGUUCCCUCAACUCUUGGAAUGGCCACAGAACAUCCGCAGUCAGACUCAUCCAUCCUUUGUGCUUCUUGCUCACCCUGUCUGCUCUCAUCUCCUUCUGUAUUUCUUGUGGUCCCGGAGCUCUUUUAGAUUGUAUCUUCUCGACCAGUGACUACUGGAAGCAGGAGAGGAGGGGAGCAGGCGCUCAUACAUGGACUGUGGUGAUGUUUAUUUAAGAAUUACUGUUGCUGGAUAGGAAGGAAGGGGAGCAGGCAUUUGUAGACUGUGUGAUGGUGUUUAUUUAAGAAUUACUGUUGCUGGAUAAGAAGAGAGGGGAGCAGGUGUUCAUAGAAUGUGCUGUGACGUUUAUUUAAGAAUUACUGUUGCUGGAUAGGAAGGUAAUUUCCCACCUUCUGGUUCCUUACAUGGCGGGCGGCCUGUUAACAAAGGACCAUCUUAAGAUAUUCCUGCCUACCUGAGACAGUCGCCAGGAAGGGCAGUGCAUUGCUCUCCUGUGUGACUAUCCAGGGCCCUCAGACCCAGGAGACAGUCAUUCACAGCAGGCAUGUUUAUGUUUGUGUUGAACGCCCCAUAGGGCAGGUUACAGGAGGAGAAAACCUGGGCUGGGAAGGCAGACAGCCCGUGUUCCUUUCGCUCCAGCUCACUAGGUGACCUUAGAAAGACGAGGGCAUUGGAAGCCUGCUCCAGAGCUCUGGUUCCUAGGAUGUUUGUCACUCUCAGCCACACCCAUUAUUUUUGGAUCAGACAUCUGGGAAUGUUUUUACUUUAUGGGAACGGCACAUGGAAAGCUGAUAUAGUGGUCUGCGUUCUCUCUGGCUUUAGGAACUCUUGCUUUAAACUCCUUGGAGAUGAGUCGUCAGGCACAGGCUACAGCAGAUGCUGUUCCGGUGGGAUGCUCCAGCACUCUGUCCAUCCACAUGGCUUCUCUUCCUUCCAUUCUGUGUCUCAGCACUGCAUCUUUGUCUCGAGCUGACAUCACUGGACAUUUUCUCUCCUCUGAGCACCGGCUUAGUGGGUAGUGUUAGUCCACUCUGAAUACGGACCCUCGAGGUUCCAUCUACCAAGCCUGUUACCUUUAUCUACACAGUGAAAAGCAUCCCGUCCCAUGGUGGCUUCUCUCUUCUGUGUUCCCUCCAAGUCCUCUCUCCCUGGUCUCAAGAAGGUCGUGGUUAGAUGCAGCACUCCAUCUAACCAGCUCUGCUCUGGCCCUGAGCUUUCUUCCUCUUCUGCUCAGAGAACAGCCUGCAUUUUCCUCUAUGAGCCUCACCAAGUUCUUAGGCAAUAACUUCUUAGGUGGUGGCCUCCUGCUCAGCGGUUCUCUGCUCCUGCAUGAGCAUCCGUCUCUCCACCUCUGUAACGUCAUCCUCUUGCUAUGAUUAUUAGCUAUGUUUUACUACUGUAUUUAUUGACGCUGUACUGAGACUAGCCGAUUCCACGUACAGCGUUACUGAGCCGAAUUUAUUUUUGUAAGAUUUCCCAAGUGAAGGUUGGGCACAUGGACCGGUUCUGCUGUGUGUGUGAGUGGAGCUGGGUGGGGAUAAACUGGGGCAGGGGCAUGUGCUGUGUUACAUUGCAGAUGUGUUUACUCAGGAUUGGGCCACCAGUUGUCAGCCAUACUGGAUUUAACAAACUGCACUGCUGCUGUGAACACCCUUUCCGUUUGUCUCCUUUUUCGUUUGUUACACUGUAACAGUGAGCACGGAGCAACAGGGGAAGGCUUGCAGGGAGGCAGCCACACAUGGCCAUAGCUUUCUUAGGCUUUCAUGGUAGCAUGUAGUCAGAACAGGUGCUGUGUCCUACAUAGAGACCUUCAUUACACUCCUCCAUUUCAAAGAUGGCCCAUCACUUAAGAAGAGUGACUUUCUUGCUGCACUAGGGAACUGACAUACGGAGGCCAUAGGGAAGGCUUUCAGGCCCAGGCCCGUCACAUCAUCAAGCCAGUGUUCUGGUUGCAAAAGCGCGUCUCUUAUAGCAUACCUUCUAAAAGAUUUUUCUCAGUGCCAUUUGUUUCUAAACUUAAGGGGAGACACUACUUCUUAUGGCAGCAUACAGGACUGACGUGCUUAAGACGAAGCUUUAUGCAUAUUGAUGGACUGGUAGAAGCUGAAGUUUGGACAUUGAGAGGUGUCUGUAGACACUUCAUUACACCAUGUGUGUGGAGGGGGAAGUAAUGGAGAGAAAAAAGUCAGCAGCCCAAGCCACCCAAACCCUUACAACACUAGUCUUCCUCCUUAACCAAGAGAGGACAAGACUGACAGAAGGCUGAAAGAAGGUUCAGCUUGCCCACCUAGCGGUUGCCUUGGGAUCCCCGAUAUAUAUGUCCCCAAACUGCUUUAUCAUUCUUGGCGCCCAGGCAGAACUAAAGCUCACUCACUGCUCCUACUCCGAUGAGGUGUGAGAGUGGCUGCCUUCCACUGCUGGGGCUUCCCUCUUGUCUUUGCUAGGGAGCAGGGGAACUACGCUGCCAUCCUGGGCUUACAGACCCUCUCUGCGGCCAGUCUUCAAGCUGUAUAGCUCCAGCACUGUUGUUGGGGAGUUUGAUGCCCCACUUAGAACGCCCAGGAGGCCAGCUCCCCUGACUGCAUGUCCGUCGUUUCUCUCUUUAAAUAAGACUGGCUCCAUACAGCCAUAAUUAACUCACAAAUUCACGAUGGUGUGCUGUGAUCAAAUGAAGGUUUGGCAGAAUCUUUCUUCAAAUUGUAGCCAUGGUAAUUGAGGGGGGUGGCAUAGAAUGAAUAUAUAAAAGUAUAAUGGCAAUUGUUCCGAAUGACUGAGUGUCCUCCUGACAUGUAAUUAGCUGUUUUAGCAGGGUGUAGAUUGGCAUGGUCAUAAUUAAGAGGAUUUCUGUCCUUUAUGUGAUUGAGAAUAGCAGAGCCCAUCCUCGUUCCCUUUGAGCACUAAUGCUCCUGAGAACAUUUGGAACAACAGCUCAGUAAACCAAAAUAAUGAUAUGGGAUUCAUCUCCCACCCGAGUGAGAGAGCACUGGGAAGCAUUUCAGGUCCAGAAUGGAAGGCUUUGCUUAUUGCUGGAUCUGACUUCCAAAUUCUCUUAAACCUCUUGUGUCCAGUUUCAUCUUAUUCUACUUUGACCAGAAACUAGUCAAUAUCUCAAACUGAGGCAGCCUCUGGCAGAGCCUCCUGACCCCCAUCCUUUCCUGGGGACACUUGCUGCUUAACUGGGCUACCUGGGAUUUUCAGACUUCUCCUUGGUAACUUGAUUAUUUCCACUGCCGUGACCAUCAGACAGUAUUUGCCACACGGAAGUCUGCAGUUGAGUAGGGUUUUCCUCGUGGGACAUGACGAGAUCAGGCACACAUCGACCUCCUACAGGAAUGCGUGGACUUGGGCUCCAGGGUGUGCACCCCAGCUUGCUCACAUCUACCAUGUUCAGCCAUCACAAGUCCCUAGAGCUAUUCUGCUGUCAGGAUGGGUUCCUGGUUCUUCUGAAGUCAUGUACUCUGUCCCCCACUUCAUUUUUCUUUAUGCAUCUGUGCCUUCAGGCAGGUGUCAUAUAAUCUUCACAGCCUGUAGAGUCCUCCUAACUAGGAGCUGCAGAACUCACUAGCCACUCUCCAGCGGAUGCUUAGUUUGGACUUUUUCUUUUUUUUCUAGUCAUCCUUUGCAGGAGCCUUGAUUCAAUUAGAGCGUCAGAAGGGUCCACCGGGAUGCCAGCAGCUACCAGUGCUAAGUGGCCUUUUAUAAGUUCUUCUGCCCAUGAGGCUCAAGACUCAGGUGAGGUUAACUUGAGUUCAAGAGCCCUGUCUUUUUCAGGCUGGACACUGUGGGAUUAGUUAGUAGCCAAAAGUGUGUGUGUGUGUCUGUGUGUGUGUCUGUGUGUGUGUCUUCACUCUUUCUAUAGAAGGUGUCCCUCCUCACCCAGAACACUAACCAACCAAGAUGCUGGUUCCAGCUCAGUUGUGUGGAAAGGCUGAGGUUGAGUAUACGCCUAGAGAGGUCUAGAGAGCCCUCUUCCUCAGCACACAGACACAUAUGGAGAGGUAAGGAAGAGUUUCUGUUCCUGGGGAUGCUUCAGUUUGAUUCCUCCCAGAUACCUACAGUGAAAUGUACAGCAGAUGCCUGUGUCAGGAAGGUGGCCUGGGAGGAUGGCCAUUACUGCUGCCUCUGUAAGUUACCUUGUGGCCCCUCCCCAUGCCCGCAGGUCAGAGGUGUGGUCCUUGGGACUUGUCAGCCUUGAUGUGGAUGACCGGACUUACAGCGCUUCUUACUUUUCCAGCUGCUGAGCAACUGCUAUGUCCAUUAGAGGUCAGGGCCGCCUUCUGAUCCCGUUCUGAAAAGUCACUGGUGGAGCUAAUUUUGUGACUUGUGUGACAUGUACUGCACAUCAGCAGCAUGUUAUGGUCACCUGUGAGCACUCACAGGAAUGGAAUUGGCGUGUAGCCAUAAGUUCCCAAGCUUAUCUGCUCCAGUGCUCAAGGGGGCCACUCUGAUUAAACACACCCUGCAUACCACAGAUACCCCACCUCAAAACACAAAACUAGCCCUCAAGUCAAGGACAGUGUAGGUGGUACUUGCCUGGGAAUAGCUUUGUUCCCUCCCUCCCUCCCUCCCUCCCUCCUUCCCUCCCUCCCUCCCUCCCUCCCUCCCAGAAAAACCCCAGAAGUGAUUGUUGUAAGAAUCUAGAUGCUGGUAUCUGAGAAUGUGUAGUCUUACUCUGCUGAGGUCACUGCCAACCCACUUGCUGUUCUCAGGCACACAGGGUCACUCCUGUGCCACAGCCACUUCCAUUCUUGUCUCUGCAGCUGCAUCCUCAGACAGCACAUCACUGUGGGGUGCUGCUCUCCAGCCCUCACCACCUGCCCUGCAGUGGCUUCCCCAAAGCCUGCUCUUUUCAGUUCUUCCGGUGCUUAGCUCCAGGGACUUUGAGGCACCCUGCUUGAGUUCCAGGGGGUUUGUGUUGAAUCCGCCUACGAACCCUGCUGUCCCUCUACCAUAGACAGGAAGGAGAGCACUGUGGAGCUCAAGGCUCUGGCUCUCUGGUGUUACGUGACUCUGCCAUGGCUUCCUUUGCUCCUUAUCGACACUGACAGGCCCUUAAGUAGAUGUUUCUUCAAAUUUACACGUAGAAUAAAAGUUUUUAAUAUCCAGAGUCCAAGAAUGGAGCAAGCUGCCUCAGAGUUAAUGUGGCCAUUUAAUGACUACUGGUCAGUGACACCAGACUAGGGACAUCUUCCAAAUGACCUGCUACACUCCUUCAUCCAGCCCCACACACACACACCACACACACACACACACACACACACACACACACACACACACCAUCAUCAUCAUCACCAUCAUUUCUAGUUCCUUUUCUUACAAAAUUAGGUUCUCUGAGAGUUGGCCAGGUCACUGUCCCCUUUUGAUCUGUCACAUCAUGGGUAGCCUAAAGCCCAAGAGAAGUAAGCGCACCUGAGGAGGAAGGCUGAAGGACUGGGCAGCCUGGCUUGUGGGGCUGCUGAUGCUGUGUGACACUGGCUGACCAACGAGGCCUUAACAAUGGCUUCAUUUUGCCCCAAACGCCUUGGUUUGAAGAAAAAAAGAGUAUGGGUGCCUUUCAUUUUGGUAUAAUCAAGAUUUUGCAUCUUUGUUGGUAGCCAAAGGUGCCAUGGAAAUUGAGUGAUGAAAUCAGUGCCUGUCACCUCCCAGGGCUCAAGACAGACCGGUCCCAGGGACUUGUGUGAAGGUUUGUUGCUCCUGCGAGGACUUUGCUUCCCGGCACCUCCAGGUUGAAUCUCUCCAGUCUUGUUUGUAGCAUCCUUAGCCUAGAAACCCCUCCCAUUUUGCUUUACUGGAAUUAAGAGCCCAGCCUAAACCUGUGAGGCCAUCUGUCCACUCCAAGGCUCUCCGAGGCCAUUAGACUAGAAAACCAAAUGGCAUUAGAGCUGUAUGAAUGCAAACAGCAGCCACUCCCUGAUGUUUCCUGGGCCCCAUCUGCAGGCUUGAGGGGUGUGUGUGUGUGUGUGUGUGUGUGUGUGUGUGUGUGUGCGCGUGCGUGCGUCAUGUGUGCUGAGUGGAGGUGAGCACUUGUGGCUGCUUUCAGAAAGCAUCCCCUUAUCAUUUGCCUUGAUGCCUACAUUGACUCUACUGAAAGCAGUGGGGAUCUCAUCACUCAUCUCUGAAAAUGGGCACCAGAAAAACAAAACCAAAGUUCUCAGGGUGGGUAGAGCUCUUUCUUUCCAAGCACUGGCCAUUCUGGCAAGCUUUCUCCUUUAUGCUCUUUGGUUCUACCACAGUUCCACUCUGAAAGCUCUCUUCUUUCUUAGUGGUUCCUCACAAUGACCCUAAACAGUGUGUCAGGGCAGUCUGUACCUCACUAGGUGCAGAUCAGGGACCACGGAUGCCAAACUGGCUCCUGAGCCACCACAUAAGUUCACUGGCUGCAAGGUGCCAACACUGUGGCAGUUGUCUGCCCUGGAAGAGCCUACAGCCUUCUCCAAUCUCCCCAUGGGCUCAGCCUCUCCUCCAUGGCCAUGGUUAGGUUGGGUCUGCAGUACUUUCUAGAGCAAACUUCUCAUUUAUGUUUAAGUGCCUAAGCAAGUUAUAGACCUCUGGGACCUGCCUGAGAGUCGGCCUGUGCCCUGUCCUUCCCACCAUGCACCUCGCCUCAGGACAGGUGUGAUGCACAUCCCUGCUCCCCAACCCAGUGUCCCUGCCAUUCUGCAGGCAGAGUGGUCACCAGGGCAGGCAAGGGGAGAGGGCUGGCUUUGUCACUGUUUCCUUUGUUCCUUCUGUUGAUGUGACUAUGACCUUGGGUCAGAGGAAGUUUUAAGGAAUCUACUUAGCUAGGGCUCGGUGGCUACUGAGUGAAGAACAGGAGUGAGUCGCCUCUGAGCAGAGUUCUAAGAGAGCCAGCAGGCAGGGAUCAUGACUGAAAAACCUGUGCGUACUGGAGCCCUGACCGCAUCCACAGCCCAGAUGACGAGGAGCCGGAGGCCAUCAGCAGUAGAGUCGUAGUAAGAUCCAAUGUGCAUUCUUUAAAAUGAGUGAGAGACUGUUUCUUUUGAGGAAUAAUUAAAGUGUGAGCUAGAUCUGGGCCUUUUAUUUGCAUGAGGUAUAGAACAGGUCAUGGACUGCUGUGCUCAGUUGGUACAACAGUGACAAGUAGAAAGGAACAAUCUAUUACGCAGGCACCUUAUUUUCAUUGAUCCAGGAUUUUUGUUCAGACAGUGGAGUAAUGCAAACACUGGGUGCUUGCAUGUAACAGGUGCAGAUGACCCUGCCUCACCUAGAGAGGGGAACACAGUAGGGUGAAUGGCCAAGUAGUGGCAAAAGGGAGGCAGUGGCACAUGCAAAACCCAUGCUGCCCCUGAGGAAUGUGUCACCCUCUAGAUGCAGUGUCCAUGGUCUACCUACCAAGCACCUCUCCGGCCCGGUGUAAUUGAGGAAUGUCAACCGGAUGCAAAUUGAGGGACGACAGCUUUGAGUCAGAGCAUCGGGGAGGCCAGGAUGCUGGGCCCUAGCUGGACUUGGACAUCCUAACAAGAGCCAAAUGCACGCCUGUUGAGGGCAGCAUGUGUAUAGUUCACCGUGGGUCUGGGAGCAAGCUGGCAUGGCCAGCUGGGAAGUGGAAAGCAGGCUUACGUGUUCUGACCAGACACCAGGGACCAGAUGUCUUGAAGUUGCCUGCAGGUAUUCAGCCUAAUGGCUGUGUAGGAUCCUGCCAGAUGAGUCGGAGAGGGGGCAGGGCGCCCUCCUGGCCUUGGCCGUUGUGUGUCUUAGUCUCUGUGUUCCCCUUUGGUGUCUUCUCUGGUCUCUGUCCCCAUCUUGUGUGCCAUGUGUCCCUGAGGGUGAAUCACACCUGUGUCUGAGUCUGCUGUAAGGUGUUCAGUCUACCUCAAGGGGUCGUCAUGGCAAGCUCUGUCCACAUGGAAUCCUCCUUACAUGCCACACACACUGGAAUGUAUACCACCCCACCCCCAUAACCGCUAACCCCAUCUUUCCCCAUAAUCACCAGACUCCUAGUGCAAAUUGGAUGCUGCUUUAAAUGUGAAAAAUCUGUUCAAAAGCUAUAAAAUCUGAAUGAAAGCUAAAGCUGAACUUAUAAGCCUUGUUGCAUAUGAGCCAAAAGUGCAAAAAGCUCUAUAUAAUGAACUAACCUGCCACUCGUAUAAAUAUAAAUAUAUAUAAAUAUAUUAAAAAUCAGACUGUUCUACAAAAUUGUGUAUUUGUAUUUUUGUGUACGUACAAUUUUCUGCUAAGCAGAAGGAGGGUGUAGUAUAGGGCGCUGUGAGAAGAGAUUUGGUUUAACCCCAUUUCUUUGUGACUUAUUUUUGUUAACAUCAGAUGCCUGUCUUCGUCUUCUCUGUGUGACACUGUUUGGAAAGCUGCAGUAUCCUUCUUCCUUAGGCCAGAGUCUGGGCUCAGGGAGCUGUGUGGCCACCUAACAGACAGGGCCAGGCUUGCACCCCCAAGGCCAGGCAUGGGAUGGCAGUCUGACUCGGCUCUGGGAAGCAAACUCCCUCUUUAGAAACCAAUUUCCCAGACAAGAUCGUUGGAUACUCACAGACCCAGGGAGCAAGGGGAGACUUCUUUCCAUUGCCCAGGUAGCUUUGCCUGGUGUAGCUCCCGGUCCCCUGGCUGCCACUGGGCCAUGUCUCCCAGGUAGCUGCUGCCCUUUCAGACAGGGUCACCAGAUGCCUCCCCUAUCGGAGCUGUCACCAGAGGUCCAAUUCAUUACCUGGAGCAUCUCAGAACCCACUUUGCCGGUGCUAAACAGGAGAGGGGUUAGAGUAGCUGCCAAUCAUGGCCAGACCAACCCACCAGAGGCCAAGACAAGCUUGGGCACCCACCACUGCCCACCCCCUCCCAGCCCCCUCCUGGCCCCUGGUGGAGCCUGCUCUAAGGAGUGAUACUGCACCUUCCCAGUAGGACUCGGAUUCUAACAAUGUGUGAUGACUGUAGCAAGAAGCCCUUGUUUCUCGGUGUAAAUGGGCAAAGAAACAAGUGCUCUACUGUAUUGAUUAAAUAGUUCAAUGAGUCCUGUUUCAUUGUAUCUCCUAUUCUGGAUUAGUGCCUUUUGGACAGUAGACUGUUCUGUAAUUAAAAUGUAGUAUACUGCUUUUUUGUACAGUUUUGUUUUAAUAAAACUUUUUUUUAAUUUGUGUUUAUUUUAGUAUUGUACCUAUUAGAGAAUAAAAUGUAUAACUGAG